AUGGAUCGACUGCUACGGCUCGUGAUGGAGAAGGAGACAAUGAUUCGUCUUCCACUGAAGCAGGUCUCACAGGAGAGCCUGCGGGAGGCCCAGGAAGGACAACUAUUGUCGACGAGGAGGAUCCAGAGCCUUCAACACUCUGCUACAUCCGACGACGCAGACAGCGAGGAAUCUUCCAGUGGCUCAGAAGAUGGAGCUUCCGAGACUGGUGAAGAUGACGAUGAAGAAAGCAGUGCAACUGAUACAGCUACAGCCCAAGACCCUGAUGCGGAAGAGACUAGCUCUGAGACACAGUCGGACGGUGCUCAGGAGACUGAAGACCCUGGUUCAGAUGAUGAGGGUACGAGUUUGAUCACCCCUCAAAUGCCAGUUCCCACCAGCCCAUUACUUAGCACCGUCUCAGGAGACGAAUCCCUUUCCGAUAAUGAGGAUCCUGAUGCUGAGACCGGAGACAUUAUUACUGAUGAACCUACUGGUAGCGCAACGGCUGGCCCCGAUGCUUCGGAUGCUGCUUCAGAUGGCGAAACAUCGGAGACAGAUGACAGCGAUGCAGAAGAAACAAGCGCCACAGAGGGAAGUGAACCUGCAGAAACUAGUGAUACCGAUGGAGACGGGGGUGGAGACUCGGCAACUGCUACUGCUACUGCUACGGAUGACUCUGGAUCCAACACUGAAGAUGGCAACCAGGCCACCACUGAUGUGUCCACAGAGAUACCCUCAGACACUAUCACAGAAGAUGGCACUCAAACCACCGAAGAACCCGAUGGAGACUUGUCAACAGUCACUUUCUUCCGAGAAGGUCAAGGCCCAUUCCGAACAACAGUAUACAUCCCACCUCAGGAGACUGGCGAUCCUUGGACCGUUAUUAUCGAGACUCUAGUCUCUGAUACCCAAUCCGAAGGAGCAACUGCUCGGGGAGAUGAUGACGCCGUUGCCACGGCCCCUGCAAUCACUGGAACAGCCAACAUCACUCUUUUCAGAGGUGGUAGUAUCAGGAGGACGUUUUAUAUGACUCCCAGCGCUUCUGACCAACCUGGUACUGUUAUCAUAGAGACACCGACAGGCGCAAUUCCAUCAACUACUGCAUUUACAACAAUCUUUAGUGCUGGUACUGGAUCAGCCACAGUCACCAUCUACUACCCUCCCGAUGAUCCCGAUGAGCCUGGCACAUUUGUAAUUGAGACUCCUGUCUCGGGGGCUGACGAAGCGUCUGCUUCAGAGGAUGUCAACGAGGGCACUGACUCUGAUGCGACCAUCACACCAGCACCCAGUGACAUUCUCUCCCCUGAAGUCGAAGGCAAUCUCACACUCUAUAGAUCUGGCGAAGAAUCGACUCGCCAGACAAUCUUCAUUCCACCGACCUCAAGUGGCGAUCGAUGGAUAGUCAUCAUCGAGACUCCAGCUUCAGAGACUGAACUGGAAGAGACCGGGACUGCAGCAACUGUUCCUGGCUUCCAGACAACAAUUGCGUCGGUUACUGGAACAGCCAAUUUUACCAUCUUCACAACUGGUACCGCAACAACUCGCAAGACGUCUUACAUUGCGCCAAAGACUUCAGGUGAACCAGGAACAAUUGUCAUCGAGACACCUGUUCCCAUAUCCUCUAGUAGCGGUCUCACUGCGAAUCCCGAAGCUCUUACAACCGACGAUGCUAUUUCUGUCGAAUCGACUACGACUGUCUUUAUUCAGGGUACUGGUACGAGGGCCACGACUUACUAUGUUCCGCCCGCUGUUACUGGCGUACCUGGCACUCUCUACAUCGAAGCACCUGCUACUGGCAGCUCUGAUGAAAACACAGAAACAGACCUGCCUCCUGGUGUUCUACCCAAUGUUACUAUCUCCAGUGGUGUUCCAGGGUCUGUCACUCGGACUGUGUAUGUAUCUCCCACUGCCUCGGGCGAAGCUGGUACUAUUAUUAUUGAAGUACCCACCGGUGGCUCUGGCGACAAUGAUGACGAUGGAGAUAUCAUCUCGGCUGCCACUACUGUGACAAGCUUUAGAGGAGGGCCAGCUUCUGUCACCAUCACUAGUUAUAUCCCUCCCACAGUCUCUGGAGAGGCUGGAACACUCAUCAUUAUCACGCCAACCGAAGGGUCUGGAGCCAGUACCACUGGAGGCGAAGAUGCGGUAGAGACUGGCGAUCCAAGUGAUCCCAAUGCUGAUUCCAUCUCAGCAACUACAACUACUACUGUGUAUCAAGGUGGCCCUGGCUCCAUAAGAAGUACCAGCUAUAUCCCUCCUACCGCUUCGGAUGAACCUGGCACCCUGAUCAUCGUAACACCAACCGAUGGCUCUGAAGCUAGUGCUACUGAUGAUGAAGAUGCAGAAGAGACUGAAGACGCUUCUAAAACUGACUCCAUCACCGACAUAGAUGUUAUUGAGGCAACUACCACCUUCACCAGCUUCACAGAGGCAGGAAGUCCAACUGCUGUUAUUACUUCUGGAGGUAACGUGACAAUUUACAGCGGUGGCCCUGCUUUGUCGACGACGACUCGAUAUAUUCCUGCUACUGUAUCAGGAGAGCAGGGCACCGUGAUUAUUGAGACCCCAACAUCUGGACCUCAGGCUACGGGUAUCGGAAACGUUACUAUUGUUACUGGCGGUCCUGCGACUAUCACGCAGACUAUUUAUAUUCCUGCUACCGGCACCGAUGAGCCUGGUACUAUUGUCAUUGAGACUCCCACAUCUGGUGUUGAUGAAGACAUUAUGAUCAACAGCACGAUAUACAGUGGAGUCUCAGCUACCGGUACCCGAACGGUCUAUGUAUCCCCGACAGCAUCUGGCGAACCUUGGAUUAUCAUUAUCGAGACUCCCGCUGUCAAAGCACCUGAAAAUGUCACUGUCUACACCGGCAUUUCGGCUACCGCUGCCACGACUCGAUUCGUACCAGGUACAGACUCAGAUGACAUUGGCACGAUCAUCAUUGAGACUCCUCUCGACAGCCCAACGUAUGUGACCGUUUAUACCGGCGGGCCAGGUACUGCUACUACGACUAUAUACUUGACACCAAGUGCUUCUGGAGACUCAACUACAAUGGUUAUCCAGACGCCUACACAGGGAGAUGGGGACGCAGAGCCCAGCGACACGGGUGCAAUCUCUGUUCCUGGCAAUGUUACUGUGACGAGCGGUGGAUCUGGUUCAGCUACAAGCACUAUCUACGUUGCACCAACAGCAUCAGGACAGAGCGGAACCAUCAUUGUUGAGUAUCCAACAGGCGAUACUGGCGAUGAUGAUGCAAUUACAAUUGCUCCUACAGGUUCCGGCGGCAACUCUACUAUCACCCGUGGAGGCCCGGCUAGUGUCACCACAACUAUCUACAUACCACCCACAGCGUCCGGCGAAGGCGGAAUUAUCAUCGUUGAGACACCUACAGAUGACGAUGGAGAAACAAACGUACCUGAGACUGGAACGAUCACAGAUGAGCCUGGUGCAACUGGUCAGCCUGGAAACACCACCAUCUUUAGUGAAGCUUCAGGAACAGCUGCGGAGACCUUGUACUACCCUCCAGACGAUCCAAGUGAGCCAGGUACUGUCGUUGUUGUAGCCCCUAGCAGACCAACUGCCACUACAAUCUACAGCGGUGGUCCAGUCACUUCUCCUCGGACUUUGUACAUUUCUGCAACAGUUUCUGGAGAGCUGGAUACAGUGCUCAUCGAGACACCAACCACCGGAGUAGAGGCCGAGAUAUCGGAAGCAGAAAGUGGUCAGAGAACUACUACGAUCUUCGGUGGUGGCUCAGGAUCAGCGACAAGAACAAUAGUUAUAUCCGCCACAGUAUCAGGCGAGCCAGAUACUGUUCUCAUUGAGACCCCAACUGGCGCGGAGGUUGAAGCUACAACUAUUACCAGAGGCGGCUCAGUUUCCGUCGCAACGACAGUCACCGUGCCUGGUGUAUCGGGAGGGCCAGACACUGUUUACGUGGAGACCCCAACAGUGUCAGACGAGGAUGCAGCUUCUGAGACUGAUGACGAUCAAGUUGAAGCUACAACAAUCACUAGGGGUGGCCCAGCGUCUGUCGCAACGACUAUUACUGUUCCUGGUGUAUCAGGAGGACCAGAUAUCGUUUAUGUGGAAACUCCAACCACCUCACUUAAUGAUGCAGCUUCAGAGACCGCUGAUGGUGAAGUUCAAGCCAUAACAAUCACCAGGGGUGGGCCAGUGUCGGCUGCGACCACGUACACUAUCAUAGGCGCACCAGGAGAACCAGAUACAGUAUAUGUGGAAACCCCAACUAUGUCAGCCGACGACCCGACUGGCAGCAACGGUAUUGAUGCCACUACUAUUACACGUGGUGGCCCAGUCUCGGUUGCGACAACAAUCACUGUUUCUGGUGUUUCCGGCCAACCAGAUAUUGUUUAUGUGGAAACUCCAACUACCGCAGCCGACGGCGCAGCUUCAGAGACUGGCGAUGACUUGGAGCCUACUACGAUUACUAGAGGUGGUUCUGUAUCAGAGGCAACGACCAUUACCAUCCCAGGUGCACCAGGGGAGCCAGACACGGUUUAUGUUGAGACGCCAACUGCCCCAGCAGGUGGUAAUGAUGCUACCACAAUCACUACAGGUGGACCAGUCUCGGUAGCAACAACAAUUACUAUCUCUGGUGUGUCAGGGGAGCCCGAUACAGUUCUCGUCGAGACACCAACUACUUCAGCCGGUGAAGUCGAGGCCACUACAAUUACUCGUGGUGGUACAGUCUCAGCCGCUACGACAAUUACCAUCCCUGGUGAACCUGGUGAGCCAGACACUGUUGUUGUUGAGACGCCUGCGGAGUCCUCUAGAAGUGCUGUCGAGUACACAACUGUCACGAGGGGCGGUCCUGUGACUGCUGCUACUACGGUUACAGUUCAGGGCAUAUCUGGUGAACCCGAUACUGUAUUCAUUGAGACGCCUACAGAGUCCCCCAGUGACACCGAACCUGAGUAUACUACAAUUACCAGAGGUAACACCGUUUCAGCUGCCACGACCAUCACUAUUCCUGGUGUUUCGGGCCAACCAGGCACCAUCGUUGUCGAGACACCUGCAGAAACUACUAGGGAUGGUGAGGUUGAGUACACCACUAUCACUAGAGGCGGCUCCGUGACCGCUGCCAUAACUGUUACGAUUCCAGGAGUGUCUGGUGGACCGGAUACAGUCUUCAUCGAGACACCAACUGAACCAGCUGCGGGAAGCGGUGAACUCGAACCUUCAACCAUCAUUACCGGCGGGCCUGUAACUGCUGCGACAACAAUUACGAUCCCAGGUCUAUCGGGUGCUCCAGAUACCAUCCUCAUAGAGACUCCAACAGAGUUUUCCGGCGACGAACCUUCAGUGACUGACAACGGAAGUGAUGAAGAGACAAUUGCCACCACAAUCACCAGGGGAACUGCAGUAACGGCUGCGACAACCCUCACCCUCACCGGUCAAUCUGGUGAGCCAGGCACAGUUAUCGUAGAGACACCCAUUGAUGGCUUAGAAGAUGAGGAGACCGCCACCGACACAGCUACAGGAGUCGUUGUCUCUCCACAGGGCCGACCCAACACAACAGUAUACUUCGGCGGUCCUGUGACAGCACCGCAGACAAGAUAUGUGUCAGCUACAGUAUCUGGUGAAUUGGAUACAGUAUUCGUAGAGACGCCGACUGCUGGCUCCAAUGAAGAUGAGGUGGAGUACACCACUAUAUUCAGUGGUGGAUCUGGAACGGCUGUACGAACUACGACACUUCAGCCUGAUGAUCCCGAUGACCUGGGCACGGUUAUUAUCGUGACUCCCACGGGCUCUGGAGAAACUACUACAGAUGAUGCCGAAGAAGUCGAGUACACAACCAUAUUUAGUGGCGGAUCUGAAACCACAAUUCGUACUACUACACUUCAGCCCGACUCUCCUGACGAACUGGGUACCAUCAUCGUCAUCACUCCUACAGGCUCUGCAGACACUACUACAGAUGACGCUGAAGAAAUUGAUUACACCACUAUCUUUAGCGGUGGAUCGGGAACUGCCAUUAGAACUACGACACUUCAGCCUGACGACCCUGAUGAGCUAGGAACCGUCAUCGUUGUGACUCCUACAGAUGCUGGAGAAACGGCUACAGAUGAUGCCGAAGACGUUGAGUACACAACCAUCUUCAGUGGCGGAUCCGGAACAGCUACGCGCACUAUAACGCUACAGCCUGACACUCCUGGUGAACUGGGAACAGUCAUUGUUGAGACUCCCACUGGGGCCGAGGUGACUGCCACAGAUGAUGCUGACGACAUCGAAUACACUACCAUCUUCAGCGGUGGUCCGGUAACUGCUGCUACCACAAGGACAUUGCAGCCUGAUAUACCCGGUGAGCUUGGAACUGUUGUCAUCGAAACUCCUACCGCUCCAGGUGACGCCGACGACGUUGAGUAUACUACUAUUUUCGCUGGUGGUCCUGGUACUGUAAUUCGUACUACUACUCUUGAGCCAGACGCACCAGGAGAUAUUGUUACCGUUAUCGUUGAGACGCCUAUAGGUUAUGACGACGACGUAGAGUACACAACCAUCUUCAGUGGUGGUCCAGUAACUGCUGCUACCACAAGGACAUUGCAGCCUGAUAUACCCGGUGAGCUUGGAACUGUUGUCAUCGAAACUCCUACUGCUACAGGUGACUCAGUCGACAUUGAGUAUACAACUGUCUUCACUGGUGGUCCUGGUACUGCUAUUCGUACUAUUACUCUCGAGCCAGACUCACCAGAAGACCUUGUCACAGUUAUCGUUGAGACACCAACAGCCAUUGCUGAUGACGUGGAGUACACAACAAUCUUCAGUGGUGGCCCUGUGACAGCUACUCGCACUAUUACCCUCGAGCCCGACACACCAGGAGAUCUUGGUACUGUCAUAAUCGAGACACCUACUACCACUCUUGACGAAAUAGAGUAUACCACUAUUUUCAGCGGCGGAUCUGUUACAGCUCGCCGCACAACCACAUUACAGCCUGGCUCUCAAGGGGAUCUCGGUACAGUCGUUAUUGAGACUCCCACCUCAGCCGAUGAAGAAGCUCAGUACACAACUAUUUUUGUCGGUGGUCCUGCGAAUGUUCCUCGAACUACUACCGUCACCCCUGAAUCAUCGGGAGCGCUUGGUACUGUAAUCGUUGAGACACCGACGGGAGACAAUGCUAUUGAGUAUACCACAAUUCUCAGUGGAGGUCCCGUAACAGCGCUUCGAACGACAACAAUUGCCCCCGGCUCACCGGAUGAUCUUGGUACAGUGAUUAUUGAGACACCUACAGGAGGCAACGAAGAAGAGAUCGAGUACACCACAAUCUUCAGUGGGGGGUCUGGAACAGCCUCUCGAACUACAACACUCGCUCCUGGGUCGCCGGGAGACCUUGGUACAGUCAUUAUUGAAACACCUACCAAUGGUGAGGGCACCGCUGAGAUCGAGUACACUACUGUCUUCAGCGGCGGAUCUGUAACUGCAUCUCGCACAACAACCCUAGCUCCUGGCUCUCCAGGGGACCUCGGUACCGUUAUUAUCGAGACUCCAAUUAUUCGAGAGGGUACAGCUGCUGCUGAUGAGACCAGCUAUACAACCAUCUUUAGCGGAGGGCCUGUGACAGCCUCCCGAACCACCACUCUGGCACCAGGUGCUCCUGGAGACCUAGGUACAGUUUUCAUUGAGACGCCGACGACUGCAGCUGCUGGUGAGAUUACAUAUACAACCAUCUUCAGUGGCGGAUCUGUCACAGCAUCCCGGACCACCACUCUAGCUCCCGGGUCGCCGGGAGAUCUUGGCACAGUCAUCAUUGAGACGCCAACGACCGCUGCUGAGAUUAGGUACACUACCAUCUUCAGUGGUGGAUCUGUCACUGCUCCCAGGACUACUACACUAGCACCCGGAGCACCCGGCGAUCUCGGCACCGUUAUCAUAGAAACCCCUACAUCAGCCGUGGGUAGAAAUACGACUAUCUAUAGCGGCGGAUCUGGCUCAGUUGCAACAACUAUAUACUAUCCGCCUGCGACAAAUGAUCCUGAUCAAGUCGGCACGAUUCUGAUUGAGACGCCUACACCUACACCUUCUCCCACGCCACCGCCAGUCAUUCAGAACGUCACACAAACCAUUGGAGGCCCUGCUGGUAUUACAACCACGAUCUAUUAUUCCCCUGCAGCACCUAAUGAACCUGGUACUGUUCUCAUCCAAACCCCAACAACUACCAUUGAGCCUGUCAUCCAGAAUGUCACGCGGACCAUUGGAGGACCAGCUGGUAUUACAACCACGAUAUAUUAUUCCCCCGCCGCGCCGAAUGAACCCGGAACUAUCCUUAUUCAGACUCCUACCACCACUCUUGUAGUACAAAACGUCACUCGCACAACAGGAGGUUCAGUAGCAACAACAAUCUACCUCACCCCCGGCGCAGCAGGUGAUCCAGGAACAGUCAUCAUCCAAACCCAAACUACUCCGGCGGUAAUCGUUCCUACAACAACGACCACAAUCUUCAGAGCAGCUUCUAGCACGGCUACUGCUGGAACAACAUUCUACAUACCACCUGCAGCAUCUGGAGACCCAGGUACAGUCAUCAUCGAGACUCUUGUUUCGUCUACUACAUCUAGUAGUUCUACAAGUACCAGCGUAGCAGCUACCGGAAUGCCGACGUUUGACUGUAACGGAUAUGGAUACAUUGUCUCGAGUUUGCUGGCUCCAAGUCUGACGAGAGUAGACCUAGUCACGGGCGAGCGACUACAAAUUGCUUCCGGCGUGGGUCCAGGUUUGUCCGUCCAGGCCGUUGGUUUUAACCCUACCGACAACUACAUCUACGGCUUUGCGUCAAGGGGUCUUAUCCUUAGUGUCCUGUGUCUGUUGGUACCAUGCCAGCAGGUACAGCUUAUCCGAAUCGCCAGCAACGGUAACUAUGAGCUUCUACCACUCUAUAUCAAGUCAUCGGCCAUCAGCAUGGGUGAUUUCGAUAAUACCGGCAAACUAUGGGUUUCUGAAGGAGGAGUCAAGUGGUGGUCGAUUGACCUCCAAAAGGGAUCGCCCAACUUUGCGACAAUCAUUAAUUCAGGCACGUCCUUCGGUACAGGUCUCCUUGUCGCCGUAGGUGACUGGAGCUAUCUUCCCGGUAUGGGUAACAACCUGUUCUCUGUUCAGACAUCCGUCAUCGGCAACGGUCUCGUACGAACAAACGUUGUGCGCUGGUCAAUGGCCACACAAACAUGGACCACCUACAGAACCUACCCCAGCUUGCUCCUGACAGCCCUCAACUUACUCUGGGGUGCUACUAUAGCAGCGCCGAAUAAUGUGCUAUUUGCACAAGAAAACCUUCUUGGACAAACAUGGAGGUUCGAUCUGAGUUCUACAACUUCAGCCAAUCCUACGCCUAUUCCUGGAGGCGCAAUAUUGAACUUGAAUGGUGAUGGUGCCAAGUGUGCAAGCGGAGUUGUUUAG